AUGAUAAGUUAUCAGUGUCCCUUGAAAUGCGUGGACGGUCACGCUCUCCGAAACUGCCCAAUAUUUUCUGGGAAGGACGUACAACAGCGUCGGGAAAUUGUUGCAUCAAAGCAGCUGUGCUGGAAUUGCCUGAGUGCUGCUCAUCAAGCAAAGGCUUGCAAGUCGGAUUAUUCCUGCCGUACGUGUCACCAACGUCACCAUACACUGCUACACAUACCUACACCAAACUCAAUGGUCGCUAUGGCAGUGCAAAACAAUCGCGGCAUGGUAUUUUUGGAAACAGUGCUGCUGUACAUUGUCGAUGGCUGCGGAAACGGGCAUGAGGCAAGAGCACUUCUCGACUCGGGCUCAAUGUCAAAUUUCAUCUCGACCGCACUGGCGCGUAAGCUGCUCGGAACACCUCGGAACAAGGUCAACGUAUCGAUCUUGGGCAUCGGCAAUUCGCUACAGCUGAUUAAGGGUUCGAUAUUUGCAACGGUGGAAUCCCGAAACCAACGGCAUGCUUCGCAGUUGGAGCUGCUCAUCUUGGAUUCUCCAUUCAUGGAAAUCCCAACGUCGCCGAUUGACGCAUCAUCAUGGAAAAUGCCGAAUUUGCCACUCGCUGACCCGUCGUGCUUUGUUCCUGGCAAGAUAGACAUCAUCAUUGGCGGUGACACGUAUUGGGAGCUUCAUUCCGGUAGAAAACGAUCGCUCGGCAGAGUUGGUUGGUUGGUGGAGACUCCUUUCGGUUGGGUCGUAGCUGGAAACAGAUCAUCGGGUGAUUCGCAGCGGUCGCAGUUGUGUCUUCUGGCUGCCAACGGAGUACCUUCGCUGGAAUCGAUUCUGGAGCGUUUCUGGGAAACCGAGACUGUCGGCGAUGAUCCAGUCUUGUCAACUGAAGAGGAUGCCUGUGAGAAGCAUUUCGUGGCCACUACAACCAGAGAUGCAUCUGGCAGAUAUGUUGUCUGUUUACCGCAAAAUAAUAAUCCCAGUGUCGUUUUAGGAGAAUCAAAGGCGAACGCUGAUCGUCGACUCCUCGCCGUAGAACGAAGGUUGAGGUCGAAUCCUGAAAUGAAGGAAGAAUACAGUAAAUUCAUGAAGGAGUACGAACGUUUAGGCCACAUGAAACUACUUACCGAACCGGUCAAUGAUUCCUGUGAGCAUUACUAUCUGCCCCAUCAUGCGGUGGUAAAGGAGACGAGCACAACCACUAAGGUCAGAGUAGUGUUUGAUGCCUCGUGUAAAACGUCAUCGGGGUUCUCCUUAAACGAUAAACUGUUGGUGGGGCCGGUGAUCCAAGAUGACCUAUUUACAAUCAUUGUACGCUUUCGGUCACAUGCAAUCGCCCUAUCAGCGGAUGUGGAGAAAAUGUACCGUCAAAUUCGUCACGAUGAGAGCGACCAACGGUACCUUCGCAUACGAUAUAGAGAGGAUCCUGCGCAACCGAUGCAAACUUACCAGCUACAAACCGUGACAUACGGAACUGCUUCCGCUCCUUUCCUGGCUAGGAGAACACUAAAACAAAUAGCCUAUGAUCAUCGAACACUGCACCCACUAGCAGUUAAUGCAGUGCUGAACGACUUCUACGUAGACGACUUACUAUCAGGCACAGAGGAAAUAUCGGAUGCAAUCGAGAUGCGUAACCAAAUCGCUGAAAUGCUAAAUGCUGCUGGUUUCUCCUUAAAAAAAUGGGCAUCCAACGCACCGGAAUCUCUAGCAGGCAUUUCAUCCGAAGAUUUGGCAGUUCUUUCAACACAUGAGUGGCAAGAUCCUCAGUUUGUGUCGACGUUGGGACAGUGUUUGAAGGCGGGCAAUCCCUCAGCAAACAAUAAAAAUGCCACUACGCAGCAACUCAUCGCAGCAGUACCACCACUAAGCAGCAAUGAGCUACAUCAAGCUGAGCUGCAAUUGUGUCGCUUAGCCUAG